GGGAGCCUGAAGUAACGUUCCAAUUUUCUCUCCUCUUUCUCAACCCCUCUUCUUUCUCAUUGCACAACCACCACCACAAUAUUCAGUGACACAACCUUUCUCUUUCUUCCUCCGAUCGAAGCUCCCCCAUUUUCCGAUGGCCGCCGUAGCAUCAUCGCCAACGCCACUUGGGUCUCGAUCCAAGGCUCAACAAGAACCAUCCAAAAACAUCGAGAAUUUCGACCCCAACAAACAACAACAAAGCCCGGUUUCGAAACCCUCUUUUUCCUCUCCUUCUUCUUCGCCUCUCGUGAAAUCAAAGAAUCCUAAUAAAGUCGACUAUUUCUCCCCUAAGAACAAGAUCCGGCAGAGAAAGUUCUUGGUGGCAAAGAAGAAGAAAGAGAAAAAGGCAGAAGAAGAGGGUUCGGGUGCUGCUGCUGACUCUUGCAAGUGCAAAGCAAGUGGUGCAAAUGCAAACGAGAACAACAAGUGUGUGUGUGUGGCUUACAACAACCUAAGGAAGUCCCAGGAAGAGUUUUUCAAGAACAAUGAUGAUGGUGUUGUUGAUGAUGGUGAAGAAGAGGGUUUUGAGAGUGUGGUUGUUGAAGAAGAAAAAGGAGAAUCGUUAUUGGGGAAUGGUGAAGUGAGUGGUUUGGUUGUGAAGCGUAGGAGGGAGAGGUUGAUGGAAGAGGCGAGGAAGAGUGUUCUUCCUCAAAGUGGGUCUGGGAAAGUUAUGCAUUUGGUGAAGGCAUUUGAGAAGCUUCUCUCUAUUCCCAAAACCAAGGAGGAAGAAGAUGAGGAGGGAUCUCAAGAUCAAGAGAGGGUAGGGAAAUGGGCACUGCCAGGGUUGCAGCAACAACAAGUUUCUGAGAUUUCAUUUUGCCCACCAAACUGUGUCCUCACAUCGCAAAACCUUGGCUUGGAUCCGGGGGCAUCGGUUUCCUCUUCCUGGGAUAGCAGCCGUGCAAGCGUGUCUAGCAGGACUUCUACUGGGGGUCGAAGAAGCAGGAAAAAUAGCCUGGAAUCAUCAAGUACUUUUGGGAGAAGAAGGUUGAAAAAGAAGCAGCAGAAAGUCACUAGCCAAAAGCCAUUCAAGCUAAGAACUGAGCAACGUGGCAAGUUAAAAGAAGAAGAAUUUGUAAAGAAGAUACAAGAGAUGGCAGCAGUAGAAGAGAAGCAAAGGAUACCUGUUGCACAGGGUCUUCCUUGGACAACAGAUGAACCAGAGUGCUUGGUUAAACCUCCAGUGAAAGAAAUCACAAGGCCUGUUGACCUGAAGCUUCACAGUGAUGUGCGGGCAUUAGAUCGCGCUGAGUUUGACCAUCAGGUGCAAGAAAAGUUGAGCUUAAUAGAGCAAUACAAACUGGAAAGGGAGAGACAACAGAAGUUGGCAGAAGAAGAAGAACUAAGAAGGUUGAGGAAGGAACUCGUACCAAAAGCACAACCCAUGCCAUAUUUUGAUAGACCUUUUAUUCCAAGGAGGUCAAUGAAGAGUCCAACUAUACCUAGAGAACCCAAGUUUUAUAAUCAUAAGAAGAUCAAGUGCAGCUUAUCAUCAUGGAACGAUAUAAGCCCCUACUCCUCCUCCUGCCUUAAUUAAGUUCCAAAGCUUAUUUGUUGAUGUGAACUGUGAAGUGAAUAAUAUUCUUUCAUCCCCUUACCCCACUUCUCUGAAUAAUCUUCAGUUUUGUAUGCAGGCAACAAAUUUAGUUGCAUAUGCUCUCUCUCUCUCUCUCUCUCUUUUUGAUCUUUGGUCUUUUGUACAGUGUUUGAAAGAUAACCUGAGAUAUUGUCUUCCAAAGAACCAUCAAUUCACAGUGAACUAAUUUAAUUGCAAAUUCUUCUC